AGUCGAUGCGAGCGGCGUCCGUGUGUUUCUAAGUCACCUCCGCGCAGUUAGAGAGAGUUUAGUGUUUAGCGGUACCGGGGCUGCGGUACGACCGAGAUUACUGGUACCCAACAUCUCGCGGAACGGCGUACGUUUCCUUUUAUGUGAUUGUGUGCGCGUUCCUUUCUCGGUACCGAUCUGUGGAUAUUUGAAAAAUAGGCAAGUGGCCUGUCCUGGAGAUUUAUCGUCGGUUUUGCUGUAAUAUCUUACCCAGCCCAACGGCCAUGUAAACACAAAUGUGCUGCUGAAACUGUGUGAGGUAAACUUAAAGAAAUGUCUCGCAUUUUUGUGCUGUCCAUUUGCUGCGUGCUAGCGUCUACGCACGCGCAAUCAAAUUACGCAGACCAGGCGAACAACAUAGAAUACCAGGGUGACGGACUGCCUCAGGAAGCAACCCUCGAUGGAAAAAUUACCAAGCUAGAUGACCUCAGCCCCAUCAUAUUCCUGAACAGGACCAAAGCCGCUCUGAAUUGCGCUGAAGGAUCUAUGCAGAUCGAGCUAAAAUUCAACGACAAGUUCUACGGAAUCGCAUAUGCCGAUUUCGACAGGAAUUCGGCAUGUCAGGUCGCAGGAAAGGGAGAUCUCAGUUACAAGUUGGAGCUUCCUCUGAAAGGUUGCGGGACGAAGCAAGAUCCCCAACGUGUGUUCACAAACAACAUCGUAGUGAGGUUUCAUCCAGGUUUGGAAAUGGAUGGAGAUGAAAUUAUCACAGUUGUUUGUCGGUACCCGCCACCCAUCGCACCAGUUCCACCUUUGCCUCUCCCAAUCCAAGAGCCGAUAAUUCCAGCGUCGCCUCUAGAACCACCGCUAAAAGGUUUCCAGAUUUUGCUAAUCAUAUGUGGUAUAUUGUUCCUUUCGUUGCUUCUUUUGGGAUUGGGAGUUUCGUACUACUGUCUCAGAAGGCGACCGGUAACAGUAAUACGUCCAUUCUCCACUCUUGGCAGUGACUCUGAAAUCACCAAACUCUCCGGAAGUUCCCUAGGUUCACUGACCAUGUUCGAGGGACUGAAAAUUCCGCGUGCGCACGCACCGGUGGGAAUAACUGGAAGCAGUAGCGGAAGCGACGAGGGACACCUCAUUAGCGAUACUCUACCAUCCGAUUAUCCAUCGGAAUCCCACUCUGAAGUUGAAGAAACCCGAUCAUUGCCUGUCUCUUCCGCAGGCAGUUUCGAGAACCGCGCAUUUAUCCACGAAACGAGUAGUUUCUACAGCGAAACGUACGGCCACACUCAAGAACAACAGGUGCAGAAUGCGGUAGCUACUACAGUACCUAGACUACCUCUUGCUGUCAAAGAGCAAGUUAAAGUUAAGAAACCCCCAGCACCAUCUCCUCCUAGUCUCUCAGAUACCGAGAGUCUCAGAGGCAGAGAUUUGUCUACAAUUCCAGAACAGCGCGAGGAGAGCAUCAGAUCUAUAUCCCCACCUCCUCCAGAAAGGACACAUUUUACUUAUGUCCCAGAGCUUCAUCCGCCUCCAAAACAUAUCCAACCAGCCCCUACGUUCAACAGAAUUCUUAGAAGGCAGCAGGAGAUGGAACCCAUACGCGUAGGACCAGCCAGAUCCAUUGUAUCUCUAAACACAGAAAUGACCGAGACACGUUCCAUUACUGAAACCAUAGACGAUUCGCAUCACAUAUUUGUUGCGCCUGUGCCUCCUCCGCCUCCGCCGAUUGUCCCGAAACAGGAAUACCUCCUGGAAAUGGACGAGGAACACGUGUCGAUCGAACCACCGAUUGCGGUAGUCCACAAGAAGCCAGAAAUCACUUCCCAUGUUGUAGACGACGUAUUCCUAAGGACCAUUACCGAGAAGAAGACUAUCGAAGACAUCGAAAGACAUAAAAGACUUAUUACAGAAUAUCAUACCAGGGCCAAACCGCCCCCGCAGGUGGAAACUCAACCGUGGCACUCGACCACGCUUACAAUUCCUGUAAAACCGGAUACACCUCAAUGGGAGACAUUCUCAGAAGCUUCGUCCGCCCCAUUACCAGAAAGAAUUACUGCCGACUUACUUCCGCAAUCUCAAAUCGAGGAUGACAAGUUACCUCUAAAUUCACCCGAGCUGGUAGGAAAUAUUGGUCAAUCACCGCCUAGGCACAUCGUGACCACAGAUAUUACUGCAACCGAUAAUGCCCGUGACUUAACCCAAAGGAGUUACUAUUCAUCGUUCACUAUUCCCAUCAAGAAUCCUAGUCCACCACCGAAAACUUACUUAUCUACCUUCAAUCUGCCGGUUGUAAAUCCCGAGGUUCCCAAUUGGGACGUACUUACCAAAGUUUUCAAACCCCUUGAACAAGAGGAGGAAGGUCCAGUAAUUGAGAGCGCCGAAACUUUCAACGCCCAGCUCACCAUGACCGAUAAAAUCAAGUGGAGACAGAUCAUAACCACCGAAUCGACUCUGAGAACUCUGCUUACCGAAGCCGUAGUCAGAGAAGACUUCGAACGAAUUAGACGCGACGUGCGUUACGAAAACAUAUUCGAACCUCCGAAAUGGGAUACGAUCAUAAGAAUUCUAAGCCCAGAUCCGAAAUCGAAGCAGCGAUACAAGAAGAAGAGUGACUGGGACACGAGAAGCCGACGUAGCAGUUUGCCAACCUUAUACGAAUACGACUCCGACGGCGGCAGUAGCGUGAGGACUUUAACCAGAGAACCGAUGGUCUACCCAUCGAUUCCGAGACGAUUUUCGAGGAGCAGUUAUAGGAGCGAAGCUGAUCUCCGAUCGAUGAGCGAGAUGAUUGUCGACUUUAGACGGCCCGAUCCUGGGGACAGCCAAUCCGAGACGUCCAGCUACUACCCCGAAAGGCGGUAUUACGACGAUUCCGAAAUCGAUACCAGAUCAUCUCACAGAUCAUUGGCUAGAUCGUUGAGUCAACCGAGCCUGGCAAGAUCAGCUAGUGAAUUCACUGAACGGUGGGUGGCUCCCUCUGUACGUUACGAUACAGCAAGUGAGUUUACCACUCCGGAAGGUACACCCAAAUCGCAACGCAGCUCAAGGAUCAUGCCGUAUAGCUUACCACAGCUCCCUAGGGACGGAGGGGAGCGUAAUUCGUCUUGGCAAGCAACGGAAUCCAGGAGAAUGACCCACGGACCUGGUACGAGCACCCAAGAAGUGACAAGGGAGUACAGGAGCGAAGCCACUACUAGUUUUAUGGGUCGCCCUCCUAAAAACUGGUUUACCGACAACGAGAGCGAAGCAAGCUUUAAGUGAUUUUUAGAAGAAUUGUACAGUUUUCUGUCGCUGGGGUAUGUGCGAGCAGGCUGAUUUUCGAGAGGACCGUUGGGUCAAAUCUAGCAGACGGGAAGAGUUGUGUUGCCUUUUUUUGGCAACAAGCACAGGUACUAGACACAGAUAGACAUCAAAAACAACAAAGAAACUAACGGCACUAUUGAAGAAUUUAACAUAAGAAAAUGAUAAGUCCGAGAAUAUAUAAGGAUGAGGAAUCACAGAAACAUGUUGAAAAUUAAAGCAAUUGUUAAAAAAUCAGCCUGCUCUGUAUCAACCUCCGCAUUUUUUGUUGAAUCCACUAAUAUAUAUUAAAAUGUGUACUUACAAAAUUCUCGAAAGGCGGAUUAUUUCAAAUGUUGGUAUGAACAACCGAAGCCUAGUUAUACCGUCGGAAUAUCCUGCCAAUGCAAUUAAUCCUUUCUUACUCGUAGAAGUACCAUAAGUAAUAUAAUUUUUUAGGUAUAUAUAUAAAUUUAACAUAGUAACUAAAUUGCUGUGAUAACAUUUCUCAUUAGAUUAUUACGGAAAUAAUAUUUUAUUAUUUUUUGUUUAUUCUGCCCGGGCUCAUUUACCCGAUUUUUCACUUUUCCAUUGGCGAAACACCUAUGGGGGACUGUAGAAUUGGGUCGGAAAGGCUUAAUUUCGCUCUUGAGUUUCACAGUUUUCAUAAGGGGGCGCUAGUGGCACCGAAGCGGUGCGACUAUCGCGCCAUGCUCAAUCUUUUUCUGUGGGGUGUGGUUUGAGGGACGUCUAAUGCUUUUACUAUAACUGUUUUUUUAUUAUUAAUAGUGUAGUUAUAAUAUAACUAAUAUGCUAAGCUGAACGGAGAUAUAUUUUACGAGGUAAAAUAUUGCCACUUGGUGCUAUAUUAUAUAGGAAUAAUUUUUUAAAAAUAUUUUAUCAUUUGUACGACUAUGAAAUAAAUGCUUACU